AGCUACAAGGCACGGUCAGUCCGGUUUUGUACUCCACGCGCGCGCCAGUAUACGUGUGCGUUGAGGUGGAUAUCUCAGCGAAACUUGAGUCGCAAAGGGGGUGUCUGGUGCUGCUGCCUUUGCUACUUAUUCUUUAUGUUCGUGCUGGCAUCUGCUUCCCACCGUUGUCGCAGCGGUCGUCGUGUCGUGUAAAUGCAAGCAAAUUCGGAACUUAUAUCUGGGCGUGCCAAGACAGCGUAAGUUGCUGAAAUUCCCAUGAUGAAGCGUCGCUCGUUGGCCGGAAAUUGCGGCGUCGGGGUGUUUGUGAUCGCGCUGGUGACGGUGCUGGUGGCGUUCGCGACGCCCAGCUGGCUCGUCAGCGACUACCGCAUUACGGGCGCCAAGCUGGACCGGUUGGGCCUGUGGACGCACUGCUUCCGGUCGCUGCCGGACGUGAACGACGACUACCAGCGGCGGUUCUUCGUGGGGUGCCGCUGGGUGUACGACCCGUUCACCACCGGGUACGACGAGAUCCGGGGCUUCCUGAUUCCGCCUUUUAUGGUCGCGACCCAGUUCUUCUUCACGCUGUGUGCCAUCGCGGUCAUUCUGGCGAUGAUCAUGGUGCUGUUCUUCUUCCUGUGCGCCGGCCCAGACCAGAAGUUCUUCGUCAAGCUGAUUAGGGCCAUCGGCUACCUGAACAUGGGCGCCUGCAUCAGCGGAGCCAUCGGCGUAAUCGUGUUUGCCGUGUUUGGCAACAAGGACAAGUGGAUGCCGGAACAUGCCAACAACUGGUUCGGUUGGUCGUUCAUACUGGCCUGCAUCGGAGUGGUGGCCUGCGGGGUGGCGUCGUCGUUGUUCUUCACGGAAACGCACGUGCAGGCCCGCAAGCGGAGACAGCUCAAAGAGUCGCAGACUCGCUUCCAGAUUGACAGCGAAACCAAGGCUUAAGGGCGAGCCCAGCUCAUCGAAGAUAUACGCACACUUUUUUAAUAUAGCGGAAAUCGAAAAGUACAAUCUCAAAAAAUGCCUUUUAUGAUGAUCAGACAAAUCUUUACAUGAAAAUUUUAUCGAAACAGCAACUCUAAAUUGUUUCUUGAGCUAGAACAAUCGUACUAAACUAAUCGUAACACGAAUCCGUCCGUUUUACUCUAGAAUCUCUAAGUUGACUUAUUUUUUACGACAUUUUAAACGGUACAUUUCACCCCUUUUGAAUGUAAAUAGAAUGUAAGCUUUUCCCCCAGCAAACAAAAAACUCGAAAACAUUCCACGAAAACUUUAACCCCUUCUCUUUUUUAAAACUCUAGAAUGCCAAAUUAGACCAGUUAUAGAGGUGUUAAUUAAAAGUCACUCAAAAAGAAGAAAAAAGUUCGUUUACUUAACGCACCCACAAAACGUGCUGCUACAACCAAUCGUUUGAGUGUUUUUGCAUUCCAUUUUGUUUUAAAUUACAAUUUAUUAUUUUUUUUGUUUCUUUUAUUUUACCCCAAAAUCGAACUCCUUCUCGAAGGAGUCGAAAUGCUGCUGCCUUGAAUAAGAUAAUAAGUGGCCUUGUCACCUCGCGGGAUAGCUGGACAAAUGGGAGCGAGUGUCGUAAGUUUCCCGAUUGGGGGCGAGGGCACACGAAAGGUAACAUUUUAGUCUAGCAAUAUAGUUAAGGUGAAAACUGUAUCGUUAGUUUACACUCGAAGUAAUAAAGAUUUAUUGAUAGGAA